AUUAAUAACGCUAUCUGGUUUCUCUACCUGCGCAUUGCUCAUCUCACUUCGUAUUCUAUCUUUCUCACAAAAUACGCGAAUUCAAGCUCUCUGUCAAAGAUCUCUACCUACGAAGAGAGAGAGAGAGAGCGAGAGAGGGAGAGAUUUCAGAUCUCAGCCAUAAGGUUCCUCUGCUUGUGCAGGAAGCUGAUUGAAUGGAGGGUGGAAUAGAUGCUAAUGCACCUUUAGAUUAUGCUGAAAUUCGGAUUUUGCCUGAUGAAUACAGGGAUGGGAGUGGGCAUGUUAGUUAUGAGGCAUUUGUUUACUGCAACAACAAAGUAGAAAAACUGGCAACCGGGCUUCUUGAAGAUCUGUUUCCACACCUACCCGUACUAAAUGACAUGUAUGCUAAAGGAUCUGAUGGUUGUUUCAAACUCCAUCUACCAAGAAAACUCAAUGGUGCCACAUGGUUCACAAAAUCAAUUUUAAACAGUUUCCUACGUAUCAUUGGUUCACCAGAUUUGAGAGAUGUGAUCAACACUGUUGAAGACGAGAUGAUUCAAUUGGAGGAAGCCAAAAAAUUUCAUAUCUCUUUAUAUGGCGAGGAUCGUCACAAUCAACUAACAAGUCUGGAAGCAGAUUGCUGCAACUCAAUUGAUGUCGCACCAUCAUCCAAACCUGAAGUUGAGAUCACAUCAUCAGAUGUUUCGAAAAAUGAACUGUUGCGAGCAAUGGAUUUAAGGCUUACAGCAUUAAGAAGGGAGUUAUCUGCAUCUUUAAACAAGGCUGUCGGUGCCACCUGCUCCUGUAAAGAAAUCACUGAUUUAGUGCAAUUUUCUCAACAUUUUGGAGCGGUUUCUUUGAAGAAUUCUUUGUCCAAAGUUUUAGGACUGAGUCAAGACAGCCAGAAUGCUGAUCCUCUAGAUGAUGACAAGGUUUCAUCAAUAUACUGUCCAAGGAAUGACAAUAUAGAAAAGACACAUGAUAACAUUUGGCCAUCAAAACCAGUUUAUUCAUCUAUUCCAGUAAAAUAUGGUGUUUCACCUGCAAAAGUUGCCCAGGUUGAGCGGGAGAACUCGACAGAAAGUGAAUUUUCCGACUCAAGUGAUGGGGACCAAACAUCUGCAGUAAGAAGUCGGACGCUUAUAAGAUCUCCAGCCCCCAGACGGUCAGCAUCACCAAUGCGAAGGAUUCAAAUCGGGAAAACUAGAUCAAGGAGGGCUGCUGCCUUAACAAUUAAGAGCCUCAAUUAUUGUCCUACUAAGGAAAGGUUGUUGUCUCAUAAAGUAGCUGCAAACGAUGGUGAAGAUGAAGGAUUUGCGGAACCUAGUAAAAAAGCUGAGAUAAAUGUCCAGAGGAUGAGUGUUCAAGAUGCAAUAAAUCUUUUUGAAAGAAAACAGAGGGAUGAUACUGCAGAUUUUCAGAUACGGAGGUCAUUAACAAAUAUUCCUAUCUGUGCAAAUAAAUCUAUAUUGAGAAGAUGGAGUGCAGGUAUAGGUGAAGCUUCCUCCCAGUGUCAGCUACAUAUUGGUUCUGAAGACUCUGUUCCCGAGACUCCCAAUGAUGGAGAAGAUAGUAAAAUUUCAGUUUCUUCAGUAGUGACAAUGGAAUCUGAAUUUAUAUCCAAAGGUCAGAACCUUGGUGAGACAGAUGGAGUUGAUGUUGGGUUAAAUGAGGAAGAACAGGUAUAUGAUUCGAGAUGUAUUCUAGCAGACACACAUGACUUGCCAGCAGAUUCUAAAGAAACCCAAGGAGAGGAAAUUAUUAGAAAAUUAGCAUCCUCAAAUGCGUGGAGUCAGCAAAAGGAGGGGGAGUUGAACCAGAUGAUGAUGAUGAAAAUAAUGGAAAGCAGGCCUGUCAGACACGGUAAACCUCAAACUCGCAGAAAUAACAAUUUUUUUCCUGAGCAGAGAGGUGGGUUUUAUGACCACUAUAAGGAGAAGAGGGAUGAAAAACUUCGAGGGGAGAAUGCCAGAAAGCGGGCAGAGAAAACAGCACAAUUUAGAGCAAUGCAGCAAAGUCUUAAUGAGAGAAAAGCUGAAAUGGCCUCCACAAAUGGGAAUGACAUUGGUAAAAGAGUUACUAUGCAUAAUCCCAAAAGAUCACAAAAAGGUCAAUCUGAACCUGUCAGUGCGAAAAAGGAAAUUACAAAGCCAACUGUUACAAAGAAAAUUUCGUCUAGAACUUCACUGCUGCCUGCUACACGCAAAUCGUGGCCAUCAACACCAUCAAAGAGAAUCACAGGGACAUCACCAGGUAAAACUCCUGGUGGCCUAUCUUCAUCUAGCACCACACCAACACGUCAGAAACGCCAGCCGGCAACAUCACUUCCUCAACCAAGCCCCAAAGUGGAAAAAUCCCAGCAGCAACAGAGAAAUGUUAAGGAGACACAGAGGGCUCAUGACAAAAGCGUGAACACUGUGAAUGGAAAAAACUAUGAACGAGGGGCAAGCUCUGGAAAAGCAAAUAAAACAAAAGUUAUGAAAGCUUCUGGAGAUUGUUCUAGUACAGUUCCCACAAAGCCUACAUUCUAUGACAAAGUGACCAAGAAAAGCAGCGUAGUUCCACUGGAUUCAAAACCUUUUCUCCGCAAGGGUUCAAGAAGUGUUCCUGGUAUCAGUUCUGUUAACAAGAAAAAGAAUUCUCCUCAGUCUAAUGAAUCCGUGACAAACUGCAGAAACUUGAUGAAAGCUGAAGAAAGUGAGGUAAUUGUACAUGCUUCUGACCUGGUCGGUCAGCAUCAAGGGGAAGAUGAUGUAUCACUGGGUCUUCAUGAAGGAGCCAUACAAUCAGAAACUCAGAUAAAAAGCCACUGGCAGUGUGGUGAGACUGAGAACUUUGAACAAGUUGCUGCUCACAGUCAUGAUAAUGUCUUCAACAAUCAGGCGGAGUCCUCAAAACUUCAAGUUGGAGAAGAAUCAAUAAUUUCCCCCACUGCCUGGGUGGAAAUAAAAGAGCAUCAUGAAUCGACCAUUCCAUGUGAUGUCAACACAUGUCAACUUGCAUCUCCAGCCAAUGUUGCACCCGCUGAAUGGUCAAGUCUACGUGUUCGCCAUUCUCUGUCCCAGAUGAUGCAAGAAGAAAGUAGUGAACCUGAAAGUAUCGAGUGGGGAAAUGCUGGAAAUCCUCCUGUCAUGUUCUGCCAAAAAGAUGCACCGAAAGGGUUGAAAAGACUCUUGAAGUUUGCUCGGAAGACCAAGGGGGAUUCAAAUACUACUGGUUGUUCUAGCCCAUCUUUCUUUUCUGAAGGAGAGGAUGACGUUGAGGAGUCUAAAUCCUUUAGUAAGAGAAAUGCUGACAAAUUUCUUAGAAAGGCUGCUCUUCAAGCAAAGAACUUUGCACAGCAAAAGACUUCAUUAUCUGAAAUUCAUGAAAAAGAUUUGGAUGCUUGUGGACUACUCCCUGCUCAAUCAAACUCGAGCAAACUUAAUGAUCACUUUUGUUCUCACAAGUUGCAAGUGAGCUGUGAAUCAGCUGCAGCCCCCAGAAAUAAAGCUACGAGGUCGUUCUUCUCUCUUUCAGCAUUUAGGGGCACCAAACUACACGAGACUAGGCACCCGUAAUGUUAAGUAUUAUGUAGUAUACUCGUUAUUAUUUGCCUCCUGUCUCAGGCAAUAUCAGACAAAAUUUUCUCGUAGUAGAAUGAUGACACCCCUACUACUCUGCUGUACUUGUAUUGUUUUGCAUUUAGAGAUCAAGGAGCCAUACCUAUGCUUUGGCAGGUUGUGUUGUUGAUAGAAGUCUCUGUAACUUUAAGUAUCACGGUGUUUGAUUUGCUUCCUGCUGAACAUCUGAUUGGUCCUGCAAAACUUCGGAUGUCAAACAUUAUUCAAUUCAAGUUGUCCUAGUCCUUGCAAA